UGAGGAUCACGUGAUACAGUAAUGAACUGUCGCAUAAACAUUUCCCUGCACACAGCUGUUUACCUAUUAACAGCGGUCAUGCGUAUUUCUCUACAGAUUGACACAUUACGAACAGACUGUGUGUCGGUCUAAAUGCGCGUUUUAUAAGAGAGAAGCGUGAUGGAGGAGAGAUAGAGAUCUGAUAGCCACUCCUGCUGUCACCUACACACUGAGUGUACACUUUUACUACUCGCACAGUGGAUGGGAUGCAUUGGCUGUGACCUCCUCCUCCUCCUCUUCAUGCAUAUAGAUCCUCCUCCUAACCAGGAGCAGCAAGUUGUCCAGAGAAAGUGUCUUUGAGUGGUGGCUGUGUUAGAGAUGUACUCACCACAGAGGAAGGACUUUGUCUCUCUGACGCUGGGAGACCAACACAGCCGCAGCUACACCAACGGGAAGCACCGGAGACAGUCCUGCUGGAGGAAAUGGAAGCAGCUGUCUCGGCUUCAGCACAGUCUGAUUCUUUUCCUGCUGGCCUUCCUGUUCAUCUGUGGGAUUCUUUCCUACCCCAGUCUGACGGAGCAGUGGAGAGGACUCUCUGAUAGAUCGUUGAAGGAGGACUGGGUUGAAUUGGAUAAUCGAGGUCUUAGGCCCAUUCCUCCUGGCCUCGUCCCAAAGCUGCCGCCAGUUGUGCCAGGGGUCCAGGAUGUCCCACCAGAAGUGAUGCCGGAGACUCAAAGACCAAGCAUUCCAUUACUUCCCAAACCUCCAGCUAUGAGAAAGCCCCCUAGCAAACGUGGUCCUCCAGCCCUACAGAAGCGUGGGAAUGUGUCAGACUGGCAGGUUAAAGAUGGAGAAGAAGCCAUGGUCAAGAGAGAAGAAGAUGGAGGGAAAGAAGCAAAAACAGUCAUUAGCUGGCGUGGGACGAUGAUCGAGGCGGAGCAGGGGACGGAGCUUCAGUCCACCGCGCAUGGAAAAGAAGGAACCGUGGCCGAUGCCGAGGAAGCUGCCGACUUAAAACCAGUCACAGUGAAGGCCGUGGAUCGUGCGGAGGCGGUGCGGGAGGCCUUCAGACACGCAUGGAAGGGAUACAAGGCCUUUGCGUGGGGUCACGAUGAACUAAAGCCCAUAUCUAAGACUCACGGAGAGUGGUUCGGUCUGGGCCUCACUCUCAUAGAUGCGCUGGACACCAUGUGGAUUCUGGGACUGAAAGACGAGUUUGCAGAGGCCAGGAAGUGGGUUGAGACAGAAUUAUCCUUUUCCAAGAAUGUGGAUGUGAAUCUUUUUGAAAGUACCAUCCGUAUAUUGGGGGGCCUUCUGAGCACAUACCACCUAACCGGAGACACCCUCUUCCUGGAUAAAGCUAAAGACAUUGGGUUCAGAUUAAUGCCUGCCUUCAAAACCCCAUCUAAAAUCCCAUACUCUGACGUGAACAUUGGUAAAGGAACCGCUCACCCUCCACGCUGGACCACAGACAGCACAGUCGCAGAGGUGACCAGCAUUCAGCUGGAGUUCAGAGAGCUCAGCCGACUCACACAGGACCCGCAGUACCAGAAUGCAGUGGAGGAGGUGACCAAACAGGUCCACCGACUGGAAGGAAAGCGUGACGGUCUGGUACCCAUGUUCAUCAACACAAACAGUGGGAAAUUCACACGUCGAGGCGCCUUUACGCUGGGGGCCCGUGCGGACAGCUACUACGAGUACCUGCUCAAACAGUGGCUACAAGGCGGCAAGAAAGAGACUGAACUGCUGGAAGACUAUCUUCAGGCUAUAGAAGGUGUCAAAAAGAAUCUGUUGAGACAGACGUCUCCUGGUAAACUGACCUUUGUUGGCGAGCUGUCCAACGGACGCCUCAAUCCCAAAAUGGAUCAUUUGGUGUGUUUUCUGCCUGGCACACUGGCUCUCGGUGCUCACAACGGCCUGCCCGCUGAUCACAUGGACCUGGCUGUGCAGUUGGUGGAGACGUGCCAUCAGAUGUACGCACAGAUGGAGACAGGCCUGAGCCCAGAGAUCGCUCAUUUUAACCUGCAGUCUAACAACGGACGGGACAUCGAUGUGAAGCCUGCAGACAGACACAACUUGCUGAGACCUGAGACCGUUGAGAGUCUGUUCUACAUGUACAGAUUCACCAAGGACAGCAAAUACAGGGACUGGGGCUGGGACAUACUGCAAAGUUUCAACAAGUACACCAGAGUCCCCAGUGGGGGCUACACCUCCAUAGGUAACGUCCGUGACCCCUUGAACCCUGCGCCCAGAGAUAAGAUGGAGAGUUUCUUCCUGGGCGAAACGCUGAAGUAUCUCUUCCUCCUGUUCUCUGACGACAAUGAGCUGAUCAGUCUGGAUAAAUACGUGUUCAACACCGAAGCCCAUCCGCUGCCCAUAUGGCCCUCCACCUCAUGAGGAUGGAGGCCAGAAUUAUGCUAAUCCUCAAUUGCAACAAUGUAGGCUUCACCCGGAAAUGAUGCAGGCUUCCACAAUGAAGUAACCCCUCAGAAUGUUUGUGCUCUGAACUGAGGUGGAGAGUGAUGCACUGAGUGCACUUGAGGUUUCUUCAAAUGUGUUGAGAAUCUUUAUUCACCCAGGAGAACAGAUUUGGUGGCGGUUUUGCUCAUUUAUACUUUACAAGACUUUAUUUACCCUUGUGAUCAUGGGACGACUACAGAGUUUGACACUCUUGCAUGUUGGACAAGCCCAUUCAGCUGUCGCAACGUUUAGAUGUUCCAUCUUCCAUAUUUGGGACGGAAACAUUAGCGUCAAAGCGCCGUAAAUCACACGGCAGACUGCUGAAAUCACACACUGUGAAAAACGCCAAGCACUUUGUAAAAUGAAGGCUUCUUUUUUUGUUAACACUGUUCUUUCUAUGUGUACAGAUGGAUGCUCUCGAUGUGAGUGGCUCGCCUUUAUUUUUGCAGGCUGUUACAAAAGGACUCUGUGUCGAUUUCUAAAUGUUUCCCUUUUGUGCGAGACAGGAUGCAUUAGGGAACGUAUCGAGUACUUCACUGAUCAUCAUCUUGAGAUUUAUUCGGGAACCCUCUGGGAUUGUGUAUUUUUCUGUUAUUUAUGUUGACUUUAGUGUGCGUACUUCAGUGAACGCUAAUGAUUUUGAUGUAGUGGAUGCCGCCCAAAGCCCUGCUUGAAUUGCUGCGCUGUGUAGAUUUACGUUAUUAUUUACAAAUUUUGGACCUGUUGUGCGGCACUGGAUGCUGUGAUGCUACAUUUAGCUGAACUGCGAUUAGAUGUGUGUACAGUAUGUGUUCAUUUACUCACAACAAAACUACAAAAAAAACAUUGAAAACAUCACUUGAAGGAUCAACUGUCUGAUCGACAGUCAAGAUCACUUAUGAUAUUAAAGCUACAAAAUUUC